AUGGCGCACCUUACACACGAUAUUGAGUUUCCUCCACAACAAGAUCCAAUCCGCAGGCGUGCAUCCAGAAUUCUUCAUCCUUCCCCGCUAGAUUUUGGUGGAAGCAGAUUCCCAGCAAGUACCAGCAAUGACCAGUUCAGCAAUCCGCCUCUAGGAAGCAAUGGAGCAAAUCAGGAUAUACAAAUGGAGGACACUGAAGGAGUAUCAAUGCCUGCAGUGGAUGAAGGGUCAUGUUCUGCACCGUUAGCACCUUAUGUUGGUAUGGUGUUCAACACGGUUGAGGAAGCACAAGAGUUUUACAAUGACUACGCGAAGCAGCUUGGUUUUGGUACUAGAAUAGCAUGCUCAAAGAAGACACAGAAGAAAGGAUGUGAUCAUCUGAUAAGGAGGGAGUUCGAGUGUGCUCAUGCAAGGAAGGAGAAGGUACAUGGAGAGGAGAACAAUCCCAUAGACGAUCCUGAGUUGUUUGGUGCAAUAGAUGGUGGAGUCGAAGCAUGUAACCAAGAACCAGAUUUUUUUGGGAAGAAGGAUGCUCCGAAGAGGAAAAGAAACAAGGUUAACAGGCAUGAAUGCAAGGCAAGAAUGGCAGUAGGGUUGCGGAGUGGGAAAUGGGAAGUCACUGUUUUCCAUGAGGAACACACACAUCAAUUGAUCAGUACAGAAGGGAGGACUCGGUUCUAUCGAUCACAUAGGAGAGUCCCGUAUGAAGACUACAUGUUUUUGAAGACGUUGCAUAAUCGCAAUAUACCGACCUCUCUCAUUAUGGCAACAUUGGGUGAUUUGCAUGGCCGUGUUGGAAAUCUGACCUACACGGACAAAGAUGUGGCCAACAUUCGGACUAUGUUGAGGAAGGGAGUAUCGGAGAAGGAUAUGUCUAAAACUGUUGAGUAUUUUCAGAAACUUCAAGCUGAGAGUCCACAGUUCUAUUACGAUCUGAAACGGGAUGAGAAUCAGGCUGUGAGGGGAAUUUUUUGGGUUGAUGGAAGGACACGAGAGGUGUAUAAAAAGUUCAAGGAUUGUGUCUUUUUUGAUACCACCUUCUGUACCAACCGCUAUGAUAUGCCAUUUGCACCAAUUGUGGGGAUCAACAACCACUUGCAAACAAUUAUGCUUGGAUGUGCUUUGCUUCCGGACGAAACCAGUGAUACAUUCAAGUGGGUGUUUGAAACUUGGAUGAAAGCUAUGCAUCAUGAAUAUCCUACGUGCAUAAUGACAGAUCAGGAUGUUGCAAUGCAAGUCGCAAUAGAUAAGGUGUUUCCUAAUAUAGUGCAUCGAUGUUGCCUGUGGCAUGUGCUUCGGAUUGCUAGGGAAAAGCUAGGAAGGCUGUUCAUAACACGUAAAGACUUUGAGCAGGAAUUCUUUUAUAGUAUAUAUGGAUCUGACACAAUUGAAGAAUUUGAGAUGCUAUGGCAACAAAUGGUGUUGAAGCACGAGUUGAGAGAGAAUGAGCACCUGCUUAGAAUGUGGGGUUGCAGGCAUACAUGGGCACCCGCUUUCUUCAAGAAAAACUUCUUCCCAUUCACUGGUACGACUGGUCGAUCUGAAGGACUGAACUCUUUUUUCAAGAAGCUUGUGCACCCUCAAGACUCGGUGUGGCAGUUUGUGAAGCAAUACGAGUACAUUCAGGAAACCAGGUUGGAUAGGGAGGACAAUGCAGGUUACAUUGAUGAGGGUACAACAGCACCAGUAUGGUCAAGAUACAAAAUUGAAGAGCAAGCAUCAAAAUUUUACACAAGGGCCGUAUUUGGAAAAUUCAAGGAAAUGAUGGAGCUGACGUCAGCGUUGAUCAUAAACCGGUGUGAAGGAUUUUCGAAUCAGUUUGAGCUUCGACGUAAUGAUCCGCGAGCUCUAAAAGUUCGUAUUGUAACUGUUGAGCCAGAAGACAAUUUGUACGAGUGCACCUGCAACAGAUUUCACAUUAAUGGUGUGUUGUGUCAUCACAUCCUGAAGGUCAUGAUACACACAAAUGUGCAAGAAAUACCAGCAGCCUACCUAAUGCAUCGUUGGUCGGAGGAUGCAACGAUCCGUCAAGAUCGUAGCAGGGUUUCUAAUGGCAGCAUAGUUCCAGAUACAAACACGUUGAGGUACAAUGCCCUCUGCCGCAAACUGGCAGGCAUUGCUUCUCGGGCAUGCUUCGGGGAUGAGACGUACAAUCUUGUGGAUGGGUGGGCGGACCAAGUCGACAGGUUGGUAGAAAAGCGUAGAUUGACUGGUGGUGUGCUCGAGCCAGAAGCACCUGGUGAGGUGGUUCAGAUGACAAACAAUUUGAUGAAUCCACCACAGUCAGCGAAGAAGGGCAGGCCAAAAGAUAAAGAGAAAAGGAAGAAGCCAUUGGUGGAACAUCUGCAAGAUCAAGCCAAGAAGAAAGGAGAGAAGCAACAGACGAAAAAGAAGAACAAGUACACAUGCUCUAAAUGUCGCGAGCCCACGCACACCAGGAGGCACUGCCCGGUCUUGGAGCUCGAAGAACAGAUGCAAGCUGAACAAGAGGAAAGGAUAAGACGGGAGACGGAGCUGACUCUGUGA